AUGACAGGCGAAGUGACCGAACUUGAUUCUCCGUCGAUCGUGGAGCUCGAUGAGGCCUUGAAGAAACAGGCGACGAUCAGUGAAAACUCCCCGAUGCGUCUGCGCAUGGAGAAGCUGAUCAAAGAGCAACAACAAAAGAUUGUGGACGAACUCAGCAGAAUCGAUGGCAAACAAUUCAAAUCCGACACCUGGACGCGCCCCAAUGGGGGAGGUGGUAUUUCUUGUGUACUCCAAGAUGGCAAUGUUUUCGAAAAGGCCGGCGUCAAUGUGUCGAUCGUCUAUGGGGAAUUGCCUCGACCGGCGAUUGAGAAGAUGCGAGCUGAUCACAAAUCCUUUGUUGGAGCAGACGUGGACUCGUUAAGUUUCUUCGCUGCCGGCCUGUCUUUAGUCUUGCAUCCCCACAAUCCCAUGGCCCCCACGGUGCAUCUGAACUACCGAUACUUUGAGACGUCAGAUCCCAAGGAUCCUAUCAACGGAGAUAAGAAUUGGUGGUUUGGUGGCGGAACGGAUUUGACACCGUGCUAUCUGUUUCCCGAAGACGCUAAACAUUUCCACCAGACGAUUAAAGACGCCUGUGAUCGACAUGACGCAACUUAUUACCCGAAAUUUAAGGCGUGGUGUGACAAGUACUUUUACCUGCCCCAUCGCCGAGAGGCCCGUGGCAUUGGAGGAAUCUUUUUCGACGAUCUUGAUGCCAGCUUCUUAGAAUCCUCGUCUAGUUCCUCCCAGAAUCCCCAGGAGACGCUCUUCUCGUUCGUUUCAGACGGGCUUGCCUCAUUCCUCCCCGCCUACGUUCCCAUUAUUGAACGCCGAAAGGAUAUGUCCUUUACCCCUGCUGAAAAAGAGUGGCAGCAGCUUCGACGGGGCCGCUAUGUGGAAUUUAACCUUGUAUACGAUCGUGGCACGAGCUUCGGUUUACGUACGCCCAAUGCUCGUGUUGAAAGUAUUUUGAUGAGUCUUCCGCGCACGGCUAGCUGGGCCUAUAUGGACCCGGUGUCAGGAACCCGAACUGAAGCCUCAGCCGCGGAUGAAGAGGAACAGCUGGGCGAAGAAACAGCACGCGAGAGGGAGCUUAUUGAUGUUUUGAGACAUCCUAGACAGUGGGUAUAA